CCGUACCAGAAAAAAAAAAUUAACUUUAUAAAUAAUCUUUCUUGAUUGUUCCAUUUAACGUGUUUCUUUUUCUUUGGAGCAUUAAAUGGAUUCUGAUUAUUUUCUCUCUCGCUUCAUUAGCUAACUCUUCUUCUUCGUUUGGUGCUACGUCAGCUUUUCAGACAAUACGUCAUCUCUACGGCGUCUCUUAGCCACUGGAAAGAUUCAAGAUCAUCUUACUCACUGUUGCUUGAUAUUUUCAUCAUCCGGUGUAAUUAAGAAUGGGACAUUUUUCGUCCAUGUUUAGUGGAUUAGCUCGAUCCUUUUCGAUCAAGAAAGUGAAGAACAACAAUGGAACUAGCGACGCUAGGGAAGCUGCUGAUGAGAUGGUGAAAGAUGCCAAGAAGCAGGAGAUGAUUCUUAAAUCAUGUGGUUACCUUUAUGCAGAAGGUUCUAAUAACUCAGCCUCUGUUUUCUCUAAACGCGGCCAAAAAGGCGUUAACCAGGACUGUGCAAUCGUUUGGGAGGGAUUUGGGUGCCAAGAAGACAUGAUAUUCUGCGGAAUAUUCGAUGGACAUGGUCCAUGGGGUCACUAUGUAGCCAAACAUGUAAGAAACUCAAUGCCUUCGUCGCUUCUAUGCAACUGGCAAAAGACUCUUGCUCAAACCACACUACUAGAUCCCGAGCUAGACCUUGAAGGCUCCAAGAAGCAACUCUCGAGAUUCGACAUAUGGAAACGUUCGUAUCUCAAGACAUGUGCAUCUGUUGAUCAAGAACUUGAACAUCACCGCAAGAUCGAUUCUUACAACAGUGGCUCAACCGCUAUAACCAUUGUCAGACAGGGUGAUGUUAUUUAUGUAUCAAACGUAGGCGAUUCAAGAGCAGUACUAGCCACGACUUCGGAUGAAGGAAGCUUGGUUGCUGUUCAGCUAACCCUCGAUUUUAAACCGAAUCUGCCUCAGGAGAAAGAGAGAAUUAUCGGGUGCAAUGGGCGUGUAUUCUGUAUGAAAGAUGAGCCAGGAGUUCACCGUGUAUGGCAACCAGACACAGAAGCUCCGGGGCUGGCUAUGUCAAGAGCGUUUGGAGACUACUGUAUAAAAGAAUAUGGAUUGGUCUCGGUCCCUGAAGUCACUCAAAGGCAUAUCUCUGCUAAAGACCACUUCAUCAUCUUGGCUAGUGAUGGGGUAAAAUAUCUAUGAACCUUGAAAACAAACUCUCAAUACUCAUUCAUUCACAUUCCACACACACUUAAAAUACUCAUUUUUUAAAUGCCAAAUGUGAGACGGAAGAAAGCAUUUGAAAAAAUGUACUGUUUUGGUUUGAGUUUUUGAUUUUAUAAAAUAUAUAGCCACAAGUAAAAAAAAUCAAAUUUAUAACCGGCUUGGAUGUCUCAUUUCGGUUUUGGUUUUUAAUUAAAUGGAUUUUGAAGUUCAAAAUAAUAUAAAUUUCAGUUUCUGGCUUUUCGGAUAUUCAAAUAAAAUCUUUGAGACAGCAAUAGACCAACCUACUUCAGAUUUUUUAAGUUUCAAAUAAACUUUUUUUUGAUCUGUUUGAAUUGAAUUGUUAUUCUAAUUGUACACUCCUAAUUUCGUUUAUUUAUUGGUAAAUGUAUUGACCAAAUUGUUUUUUUUUUCUGCUUUUGGUUUGAAUAUAAAAGAUAUGGGAUGUGAUCACAAACCAAGAAGCUAUAGAGAUUGUUUCUUCGACCGCUGAGCGGCCAAAGGCGGCUAAGCGAUUAGUGGAGCAAGCGGUUCGGGCUUGGAAGAAGAAGAGACGAGGAAUCGCAAUGGAUGAUAUGUCCGUGGUCUGCCUCUUCCUCCAUUCCUCUUCUUCGUCGCCAUCUCUCACUCUCUCACAAGACUUUCAACAUGCCACGACUUUUAAGUAAAAAGUUGCGUUGUAAAUAGGCCAGAGAUAGCUUUGCGUUUGUAACAUUCAUUAUGAAAUUCCAAAAAACGUUUUUUCUUUGUCGUAGCCAUAAUGAGUUGAUUCAUAAGUUUCAUCGUGCGUGAUUGAGUUAUAAGCUGACAAAAAUAUUGAAAUCAAAGAGCUCAAGAACACAUAGAUGUAUAAAACGAUUUUUUGUUUUAUAUCUUUUCUUAUAAGAUCAUCUUACACUUAAAUCUUUUUGUAUAGAAGUAAUAGAUGUCUUAUCUUUAAC